GCAGACAUGCCGCGGCUCGCCGGCGUAGCCCUCGUCGGCGUCGCCGCCGCCCUAGCCCUGCUGCUCGCCGCCGCCCCGCCCGUCGCCGCUGUGACGUGCAAGGGCAGCCCGGUGAGAUGCGACUGCGACAACGUGAAGGGCUCGCCUGGGGCCCCGGGCAUCCCAGGUGUGCGUGGCAUGGAUGGACCACCAGGAGAGAUCGGCUUUGACGGGCCGCCCGGACCAACGGGAGAGAAGGGCGCUUUCGGCGAGUUCGGCGCCAUGGGGGAGAAGGGGUACAGGGGUGAUCCAGGGAUGCCUGGUCUGCGGGGACCACCUGGAAUUCCGGGACGGCCGGGAGAUGCUGGGCCGCGUGGUCCUGACGGGCUGGACGGCUGCAACGGGACGGACGGAAUCCCCGGGACGAGGGGAAUCCCCGGUGGGCCAGGGCCGCGAGGCAUGGAGGGCUCUCCUGGAGAGCAGGGACCCACUGGCGACCCGGGCGACGGCGGCGUCAACUCCAAAGGCGUCAAGGGAGACCGCGGCGUGCCUGGCAGACCGGGACAGCCCGGGGAAACAGGGCUGCCUGGUAUGCGUGGCCUUCAAGGACAACCAGGAGACACUGGAAAUCCGGGAUUCCCUGGCCUACCAGGUUUGGUAGGCCAACCAGGAGAUCAUGGUGAUUCAACAGUUGGUCGUCGAGGGAGACCGGGAGAUCGAGGAGACCAAGGAGAGCCGGGACUGCCUGGCAUACCGAUGUUCAAUGACACAUCUAAGGCAUCGGGGCGAUAUCCUGUUGUCGCCAAGGGCCAGAAGGGUGUCAAAGGAUGGCGUGGUCCAACAGGAGAACCAGGCGUUAAGGGGCAAUUUGGAGACAAGGGCUAUCGGGGCCCACCAGGUGUUGCAGGUCUCAAAGGGAUGAAGGGUGAUCCAGGUAUAGAUGGACCACGAGGAAAGCAAGGCCGCCAAGGGCCAGAAGGGCCGGCAGGCCCCAAAGGCCAGAAGGGAGCUCCUGGCUAUGCUGGAGAACCAGGUAGAGAUGGACCAAAGGGAGCAGAAGGUGAAGAUGGACAAAUAGGUCUACCAGGACCACAGGGACCAGAAGGACCACAAGGAAUCUAUGACCCAAACUUGGAUGAAGAUGGCAAACUUGGUGUUCAGGGACCACAAGGACCAUUAGGACCUCCUGGAGCAAAAGGAACAUCUGGUAUUCCAGGAGAAGAUGGAAUCUCUGGAACAAUUGGUCCCCCUGGGCCACCAGGUUCAGCAGGGUUACCAGGACCCAGAGGUGCCAAAGGAAUAUCCAUCAAAGGAGAACGAGGAGAUGAUGGAUAUCCUGGACCACCUGGCUUGCCAGGAGCCCCAGGUCUACCUGGACCAAAAGGUAUCUUGGGAGAGAAAGGCUUCCCAGGUCCGAGCAUCAUGGGUCCCCCAGGACCUGAUGGCUUCCCUGGAAUACCAGGAGUCUCAGGACAGCCUGGUGAUAGAGGAGAUCCAGGAUCACAAGGUCCAAAAGGGCUGCCGGGUAUAGGUGUUCCCAUUCGUGGUCCUCCGGGAGAAGCAGGUCAACCAGGUCUUCCUGGUCCUGAUGGUCGACCAGGGUACGCAGGUCUUGAUGGAAUAGAAGGACCGAAGGGAGAAAGAGGAGAAGAUUGUGGUGUCUGCUCACCAGGUCUGCCUGGCCCAAAAGGAGAAAGAGGUGAUUCUGGUCUGAAUGGUAUACCGGGGUCUCCAGGUUUCCCUGGCCUUCCUGGCCCCCGGGGGCUUAAAGGACCAAAGGGCAAGCCUGGUGCUCCCGGUCCACCUGGAAUUGCUGGAAUGCCUGGCAGUGCUGGUAUGCAGGGAGUUCCUGGACCUAAGGGUGAACAAGGAACAUUGAUUUACCCGCCUCAGUCUCAAAUUCAGCCUGACAAGGGGAUAAAAGGCAUGAAAGGUCUUCCAGGGCCUCUAGGUCCACCAGGUGAUGAGGGUCCUCCUGGAGCAGAUGGACUUCCAGGUCUCCCAGGACCUAAAGGACCCAAGGGGAGUUAUGGAGAUAUAGGUAUUCCUGGAAGACCUGGAAGGAGUGGAUAUAGUGGUAUACCUGGUCCUAAAGGUGACGAUGCUACGAUUCCCAAGCAGUAUUUGGUUGGAGACCCUGGAAUUGAUGGAAGAAGGGGAGAAGUGGGUGAACCAGGAGAUGUUGGUGCUCCAGGAGAAAUGGGAGAAGCAGGGUAUCAUGUUAUGGGAGAUAUUAAAGGAGAAAAGGGAAUCAAAGGACCCAGAGGAGACAGAGGGUUCGAUGGUCUGCAGGGGCUUUCUGGUUUGCCAGGAGAUCGUGGACUUCCAGGUUCACCAGGGUUGUCAGGAGCACAAGGAUCUAGCAUUGCUGGCCUUCCAGGCUUUAAGGGUUAUCCAGGAAUGGUGGGGAAUCCUGGUCCAAGAGGGCGAGCAGGUGUUCCAGGUCUUCCUGGUGCUGCUGGAUUUCCUGGUCCUCCAGCUCAGAAAGGCGAACGUGGUGAUUUAGGUAUGGCAAUAUUAGGUGGUGAGAUUGGUCUCCCUGGCCCUGAAGGUCAGAAAGGAGAACCUGGUUCAGAAGGACCUCAAGGAUUUCCUGGAUUUAAAGGACUAGAUGGAGUUACAGGCAUUAAGGGGCCAAAAGGUGCCCCAGGAUUCUCUGGAACACCUGGCACACCAGGACAGAAGGGUGGAAGGGGCGAGAUAAUACCAGGCCCACAAGGAUAUCCCGGUAUUCCUGGUGCAAAAGGUCUGAUUGGUAUUUCUGGUGCAAUGGGGCCCAGAGGUCCUGAUGGCCCACCUGGGCAAAUGGGCAUAAAAGGGUUAAAGGGUGAAAUUGGUCUAACUGGAAGGCGAGGGCCAGAUGGUGAACCAGGGAGAGCAGGUUAUCCAGGACUUGGAGGACGGAUGGGGGUUCCAGGAGAAAUUGGUCUGCCUGGUGACGUAGGAGAUGCAGGACCACCUGGUUCCAAGGGCUUCCCUGGACGAGUCGGUAUUACUGGUUUACCUGGCCCUAAAGGUACUGAGGGAGACAGGGGUUUUCCUGGAAUUCCUGGUCCUCAAGGACGAAUAGGCUUCCCUGGUCCAAGAGGUGACAUUGGUAUACCGGGAUUGGCUGGUUUGCCUGGAGAACCAUCUUUCAGUGGUUUACAAGGAGACCAAGGAGAACCAGGUUUCAAAGGAGCUGAGGGAAUUCAAGGAUUACCAGGACUGAAUGGUCUGAAAGGGCAGCCAGGAGACAAUGGAAUAUCUACUGCUGGCCCACAGGGUUUCAAAGGCUUCAGGGGAGACCGUGGAUUUGGAGGCCUGCCGGGAAUAAGAGGCAGGAAUGGCUUGCCUGGGGACCCUGGACCCGAUGGUCCUAAGGGCCUACAAGGAGAACAGGGCCCCAAAGGUUACCCUGGUUUGAAGGGGAGAGAUGGUAUACCUGGUUUGAAGGGACAGAGGGGUGAUGAUGGUUACCCAGGCCUCCAAGGGCCAAAAGGCAUGAGAGGAGGAGAUGGAGAUCCAGGAUUAAUGGGAAGACCAGGUAUUCCGGGAGAUGUUGGAGAGACGGGGUUGAGAGGUACCCCAGGACCCAAAGGACCAAAAGGCUUUAGAGGGGAUCCAGGUUUUAGCCAGUUUGCACCUGGAACCAAAGGAGAACCAGGAGAACCAGGACUGAAUGGUGUAAUUGGUUUCCAGGGAGAUCGUGGAGACUCGGGCCAGUCAGGACUCCCAGGUUUUAAGGGAGUAAGAGGGGAGAUUGGACUCCAAGGAGAAAUUGGUUACCCUGGCCUCUCUGGAGCACCAGGAGUUCCAGGAGAUGAAGGGCCUCAGGGACCAGCAGGACUCCCUGGUGUUGGUGCUGAGCAAGGUCAGAAAGGUAGAGGUGGCCUUAAUGGCCUUCCAGGAAAACCUGGACGCCCUGGGCAGAAAGGUGCACCUGGAGAAUAUGGGCUUGAUGGACCUAAGGGUAUCUCAGGAGUACCAGGGCUCUCUAUAAUGGGACCAAAGGGAUACCCAGGUGCUCCAGGUUUACCUGGUGCUAGAGGACGACCUGGUAUCCAAGGUCUACCUGGCAUGGAUGGUCGCCCUGGGCAGACUGGUUCUAAAGGCUUCAGGGGUGACCCAGGACCACCUGGUGGCAGUGUGAAGGGUAUAGUUGGAGAUGCUGGUGAUCCUGGACCUUCAGGCAUACCUGGACUGAAGGGUGUAAGAGGUGAGGCAGGACUUGCGGGCCAGCCAGGCUUACCAGGAUUAAAAGGACAGCGAGGCUUCCCAGGAGAUUUUGGUCUUCCAGGAAUGAGUGGCCUCCCAGGCAGGAAGGGCAUAAGAGGUGAAGUUGGAGACAUUGUUAUUCCAACAGCACAACAUAAAGGAAUGCCAGGUGAUCCUGGACCACCUGGUCAAAGAGGAUUCCCAGGACAGCGAGGACCCAUGGGCAUUCCUGGAUUUGAUGGUGCAAGGGGCCUUCCAGGCGAAGCUGGCAGACCAGGUCUUCCAGGAACACCUGGAUUACCAGGAUUGAAUGGGAUGGCUGGUAAUCCAGGGAGACCAGGUCGCAUUGGACCAAAAGGAUUACCAGGAUUCAGAGGAAUGGUUGGAGAUCCAGCACCUCCAGGACCUGAGCCAAAAAGUCGUGGUUUCUUCUUCACACGACAUUCACAAUCUGUUCAAACACCAGCAUGUCCUCGUGGCACUGUUAGGAUGUGGAGUGGAUACUCGCUUCUACAUUUCCUUGGUAAUGCAAAGGCACAUGGACAAGAUUUGGGUGCUCCUGGAAGUUGCCUUGUAAAGUUCUCCACCAUGCCAUUUAUGUUUUGCAAUCUGAAUGAUGUCUGUGACUAUGCCAGUAGGAGCGACUACAGUUAUUGGCUUAGCACUACAGAGCCAAUGACUGCAAUGAUGACUCCCAUACCACCAAGAGACUUACCAAACUAUAUAUCCAGGUGUACAGUUUGUGAGGCUCCUACACGUGUCAUAGCAGUCCACAGUCAGUCCAUCAAUUAUCCAUCAUGCCCUAAUGGUUGGGAAAUUCUGUGGACAGGCUACAGUUUUAUCAUGCACACCGAUGCUGGAGCAGAAGGAAGUGGUCAGUCACUUGUUUCUCCUGGCUCCUGCCUGGAGAGUUUCCGACCAAGGCCAUUCAUUGAGUGUCAUGGUUUGGGCCGGUGCAAUUAUUUCACUACAGCAUAUUCUUAUUGGCUGGCCACCAUUGAGGAAUAUGAGAUGUUCAGAAGACCAAGGCAGCAGACGCUGAAGGCAGGCAACCAAGAAGCUCGUGUCAGUCGCUGUGCAGUCUGUAUUAGGCAGAAAAGAAGAGGUUCUAGUGAUGGAUUUUCUCUCCCUGAUGCUGGAGAAUAUAGGACGGGUAGACGUCGCUUUGGAUAAAUUCUCAGCAGAUGCAUGUUGUAAUGCACAUAUAAGAACUAUGUUCAGUUUUUCCAUCAUUUACAUGUAACUGCUGACAGUGUCAGAGAAGAACUAAGUAAUGCUAAAUUUAUGUGUGGUGUGCUUUUUCUACCUGGAAAACAUUUUUCUAUCAGGAAAACAUGAGUUUAUAUGAGAAUGCUUAAGUAAGUUUCAGUUGUGAUCGAUGCAGCUGGAUGUUAUGGAGAAUGAUGCAAUAACUACAACUAACUGAAGUAUUGUCUUCAUAGAGGAGGAAUAUUAAUUUGUGCCAUUAAUUCAGUUUCCUAUUUUUAGCAUAAGUUAUAUUUAAUAUAAUGACAUUUUAGGAACUGUUCUAUUUAUGUACUGAAUGCAUGGUGCUAUAAGUGAUAGUAAUAUUGUAAGUGCUAUCAUGUUAAAUAGAUGUCAUUUUGUAAAGUAUUUAUAAAAUUUAAAAGAGUUUAAUGAAGUCACUGCCAUCUCACUGCCACUUGGAGCUGUACUAAUGUAAAUAGUAAAACAUAAAAGAAACAAUGCAAUAUGUGAUGGACACUGUAAAAACGCCACUAAGAAUUUUGUUUGUUAAUAGGGAAAUCAGACUUGUGCACAAAACAACAGUGCAUUGUAUUUUGUACAGCAUCAAAUAAAUGUAUUGUUUUUUUCUUAUUUUUUAAA